AUGGCCUCGCUUAUAGAUUCAGAGGCUCAUUUCUCAAAGAGAGCAGGCGAGGUGCGUCUUGGAGAUGCAGCACUGCGGACAUUGCGAAGGCUGGGCCUGAACUCCAUGGGAAGUUUGGCCUAUGCUCAUGGGCAACCUGGGCAACCAUUAGAUGAAGCAAGUUUUACAAAUUGGGUACAAUCCACAGUGGACGCAAAUGUUUCGCUGGGCGACACGUCGGCGAUCAAGCGUCUGCUGUUUGAAAGCCAAACACUGGUCCUGGCGGCAUUGCGGGAGCAAGUGGUGAACCCAGACAGUGCUGCCCUGAAGAAGGUGCCGGAAGCCGAAAGGGACCGCAGGAUGAAGCACCUUAGGGAUACCUUGAUAGGUGUUCUGAUUGAAGGACCGAUGGAGCCGGGCCACGCCUUGCUGGAUUUGUGCGCCCAACAGCGUGAAUCUGGUCAGCUGAGAUACAUACCACCUGAGCGUUGUAUCUCCCGCGUGCAUGAAGUUACCACAGCCAGCAAUCCGAAGAAACAACUGGAAUUUGAGUCCGACAAGCUAUCGAUCAAAGAGCAGGUGGUGGCGCCAGACAUGCAGGUCCACGAUUUGUUGAAGCUGUUGGAAGCGUUCAGGCGCAGAGGUCUGGCUUUUGCGUUUGCAGAGGCGGUCUCGUUUUUGGACUAUGAGCGUUACGUGAAUUCACUGUUUUCGCACUGUCAUCGUGAGCCGCCCCCAGGGUAUUCUCGUUGUGCUUUGCCCCAGCUAGUGCAAGCCGACAAGCUCGUCUUUACCAAGCUCAUCGAGGACGGUGUGAAGCCAAGGAAGUGGACACAGCGAGCCUUGGAGUUGCAAGAGGAGGAAAACAAUUUGAAGUGCAAGCUGGCGCCGCAUCUGCGCAGCCUACUGUCUGGGAAGCGGCUAAUGCUUUGGUUUGGCCUGAAGCAGGGUGCCAAAGUCAGACUCAUCGAUGACUUCAGCGGAUCAGGGGUGAAUUCGACGGUACAAGCUUGUGAGAGUCCGAAGCCGCAUUCGACAGACGUGGUUGCGGCGCUGCUGCUGCAGCUGGCUCGUUCCACCAAUGGGGAUCCUCGGCAGCGACUGGACCAAGUGGAGCGGAGCAUGGCCAUGCUCCUGGGGAAGAGUUCGCAGCAGGCCCAGAUCUUUUGA